AUGCUUUGUCUAGACCCAUAUCACUUCGAAGAUCCUGCUGAAGCCUUCGAGAUAGAUCUAUAUGUACCAAUCAUGACUAUGCUGCAAUUCACGUUCUUCAUUGGAUGGUUAAAGAGAAUUGCAGUCUUCCGAUCUAGCCUCAUCAACCUGUGGCUUUUUGACUGGGUGCCGGUACCACUAGUGUACACACAGGUUGUUCAUCUCACAGUCUACAGCUACUUCGUAAUAGCAUUAUUUGCUCGACAAUAUCUCGAUAGAGACCCACUCAAGAAAUCGAUAGAUCUAUAUGUACCAAUCAUGACUAUGCUGCAAUUCACGUUCUUCAUUGGAUGGUUAAAGGUUGCCGAAGUACUACUCAAUCCACUCGGUGAAGACGAUGACGACUUCGAAUGCAACUGGAUCAUUGAUCGAAACCUUCAG